CGGGCGUCUAGUCAGAGCUAGUUACACACCAACCUUCAUCCUGCGUGUAUCAAAGCCACAUAUUUUUGGCCCAUUUCCCAACUGAUCCAAAGAUGACUUCAUUGCGCACAUUCCAGCACGAGAUUGAUGAGAUUCACAAUCGUGAAGUCGCCCGCCAACGAGCCCUUACGUCCGUGUCAGGCGAUGGUGACAGACCCGGCGAAAAAGGAAAGAACAAGUCUGUCACUAAAGGAAAGGCAGCUUCAACGGCGACCAAAGAAGAGCCCAAAUCGAUCCCUGCUCAACCGCUGAAUACGAUCGGUUCCGAGGAAGAGUUAGAUCGAGUUUUCGAGCUAUUGGUCUCCACUUCUGAAACCUCGCACGCAACUGCCAGAGAUGUAUUGGCUUCAAUAUUAACGCGUCGGCGAGGAGAGAUGGUGCUUAGAGUCGGGUCGCACACACCGAAGGUGGUACUGUAUGGGGCAGAGACAGCGGAUACCGAAAGCGUUGGGCUGGGAAAGAACCUCAAUGCCGAUGACUACGAGCGAGCCAGUCAGCGACUAAAGGAGAUUGUUGAGGAUAUGGGGGGUGUAGCUACAACGCUAUCAACUGGAACCGAUCCCCCUCGGUCCCAUGUACUAGUCCGACUACCCCCUGCAUCGGUCUCCGAUGUACCCGAGGUUCGGUGCGCAGUCGUUGGGAACGUUGAUUCCGGAAAGUCGACAACGCUUGGUGUAUUAAGCCGGGGAAGCCUUGACGACGGCCGGGGGAAAGCUCGGGUUGGUUUGUUCCGACAUAAGCAUGAAGUUGAGACUGGACGAACCAGUUCUGUUGGAAUGGAGAUAUUAGGGUUUUCGACAUCAGGGAAACCUGUUUUACCGAAUUCACAGGUGGUUGGAUCUGACUCUGCGGCUAUUGUGCGUCGCGACAAGUUAGGCUGGGAGAAUAUCGCGCAGAAUAGCGCAAAACUCGUCAGCUUUAUCGACCUUGCUGGGCACGAGAAAUACCUCAAAAUCACUCUCUAUGGAAUGACUUCUGGCGCUCCUGACGCUGUUAUAUUGAUGGUUGGGGGAAAUGCUGGCCUUAUUGGCAUGAGCAAGGAGCAUCUUGCGAUUGCUCUCGCGCUCGGCGUCCCCGUCUGUGUUGUUAUCUCGAAGAUUGACAUGACACCCAAGAACAUUCUUGCCGACACUAUUAAGCAAGUUACAAAAAUUAUGAAGAGUCCUGGCUGUCGAAAAGCCCCCGUCUUUGUAGAAAAUAUGGAGACAGUUGUUGAAGUUAGUUUGUCACUGGCAACCGAGCGUAUAUGCCCAAUAUUCCAAAUUUCCAAUGUGACCGGCCAGGGGCUUGACUUACUCCGGACGUUCCUAAAUCUUCUACCUUCUAGCGAGGGCGACCAAACGAAGUUCGCCAAGGAUCAACCACUUGAGUAUUCAAUUACCGAGGUUUGGAGUGUACCAUAUGUUGGAGUAGUUGUGAAUGGUAUUCUCAACAGCGGUUCUGUUACCGCUGGUGAUACUGUUUUUUUAGGCCCAGAUCCCAACGGAGGAUGGGCAGUCACUAGCAUUCGAAGUAUACACAAGAAACGUCACCUUGUGCCUUCUGCCGAAGCUGGUCAAUGCGUAAGCUUUGCGUUGAAGAAAGUUCGACGCGCUACCGUUCGGAAAGGAAUGGCAAUCGUCACAAGAACCGAGACUCCCCCCAAGGCCUUCAGGCGGUUUGAGGGUCAAGUUUUGAUACUUUAUCAUAAUACUACAUUACAGAAGAACUAUCAAGCUAUGCUUCAUUGUGGAGCAAUCCGUCAGACCGUCCGCAUUAUAGCAAUGGAUAACCCGAAUGGUGUCCUACGUACCGGAGACAGAGCUUCUGUGACUUUCGAGUUCAUAUCUUCUCCGGAGUAUAUCAAGGAGGGUAUGAAACUCUUGUUUCGAGAGGGUAAGACUAAGGGCCUUGGGGUGAUCACGAAACUUGUGUCAUAAGGAUCACAGGGGAAACUACCCCGACACGAGUUUCGCCAGUCUAUGCAUUGUACCAAUGCCAGAGAACGGGUUCCAGUGAAGUAAAGGAUGCCCUCAGGAGCACACACACUAUACGUAGCGCAUACCGCUUGUAGCAAUUUUUCAUGCUUUCAUACACGUACUGAUGAUGUAUUAUGUUGUUCAUAAGCCUUUAUAUGUCCUCUUCGUCAUAUUCAUCAUUCUCGCCUUCAAA